GCUGUCUAUUUUAUUUCUUCUUCUCUUUAUAUCUCUCUAUCUCUUUCUCUUUUCCUCUUUUUUUCUAUAUAUAUACAUAUACAACUUAUUUAGAUAGAUCUCAUAUGUUUGCACCUGAAUUCCUUCGUAUUUUUCGACCAGAAUAUCGUGUUAGAUACUUACAUUCCAGUUCCCCUGUCCUGCGAAAAUGUUGUGGUUGCAUUCAUUUAAGAGCUGGUGCCAUGAUAUCUUGUUUGAUAUGGGUAGGAUUGUCCUUAUACUUUGCCGCGGUAUCUUUUCAGCACAAAAGUCCCUUUUUUUCCUUCAUGUCUGAUGCUGCUAUCUUAGUAUUUGGAACAGCCAAUUUAUUCUUUGCUUGUGUAGCUGGUUUUGGUAUAUUCACUGUGUUUCAUAAUAACUGGUAUUAUGUGUCUCAUAUGGUAAUGUGGAUUUCAAUUGGUGUUUUUGUGAUUCUUGUAGAUGGUAUUGCCAAUGUGAUUAUUUUUAUCGUGAUUCAUGAUGAUUACAAGUCAUGGUGUAUUGGAUCAGCAUCAGGUGCUUUGGAAACCGGAGUGGAAACAGUUUUGCAUAAUAAUGCUACCAACAUCAACUUCUCAACUGAUUUUUAUAACUGUCAACGGACUUGGGAAGAUGAAUUGAAAUUCAGCAUGUUAUCUAUAAUUAUGAUGAUCAUAUUCUAUAGUUAUUGGGCCCUUUGUUUUUAUUCGUACUCAAUCAAAAAAUCACAUAAUGCUUUCCAACCAGCAACUUUACGACAUGCUAUGCAAGGUGGACAAAUGAUGGAUCCUAUGAUGAAUCCAAUGGGAACUGGUGGAUAUUAUCCAAAUGCAAUGGAUCCUACUCAACCUAACGUCAUUGUACUGAACAAUACUAAACCUUCCAAAUCAUCAACAAAUCAACAAUCAUCAUCACCUCCGCCUUAUCAUCCAUCGAAUACAAAUGGAAAUGUGGUUGAUUUGGAAAAAGGGCGUUCUUCUGUACUAGUAUUGGAAUGAUUUUAGUAUAUAUGUAUUAUUAUAUUAUUAUUUCAAUAAAAAAAAAUUUCAUUUAUUUAUUAUCGAAACAUCAAAA